UAGGUGUGUGGCCUCCGCGGUGGAAGGUGCUAGGAGAUAGCGUUCUUCCCCCAGGCGUCGUGGCCGCCGUGGCCCUGGUCCUCGAGGGUGAAACAUGAGUGGACAAGUGACAGCAAGGUAUAAAUCUAAAGAAAUAAAGGGUAAUCAAGAGGCUAACCAGCCGUCUGCACCUGUGGCUGUCCAGCAGCCGAGUGAUGAGCAACGUGAAGAAAAGGAGGCACCCCCUGAGCGUCAGGAUAUUAUUUCUGAUAAAGACAAAGCAGUUGCAGAAGCACCUAUGGAUCACGGUGAAGGGCCUGGCCUGGAAGCUGGUAUCCAGAAACUGCAUCUGAACGAAACUGAGGGGAUACGUGAAGACGACACUGAUUUAAAGGGGGCGAAUUUUGCAUCUGGGAAGCCUGUUAAAAUGCCUGAGGCAGUGAUAACCUUUGCUUUGAAGGACCUGACCUGGAAUCUGGUAUCCAGAAAUUGCCCCUUCCAAAGAAUAAGGAUAUUAGUGAAGAUGACACAGAUGCGAAGGGGGCAGAUUUCCCAACUGUGGAGCCCGUGAAAAUGCCUGAAGCAGGUAUAUGAUCUAUUAGGAAUGCGAGGUGAAGGACAAGGGAAGGUUUAAGCAAGAAGAAGCCGAAAACAGGCAAAGUGCUCUCCUAUAGGAAGGAUACAUCAGCAUUAAAAAUCUCUCAAUAAAAUCUUACAACUUUCUCCACA